GGUCCUCCCGCCCCGCGCCCCUCUUCCCCCCACCACGCGAGAUGGACGUCCCUGCACUCACGCUAGCCUUCGUCCCGCUCGGGGUCGCGGCAGGGACCGCGCCAGCCCGGCUGCGCGCGCGGAUCCCCAGGGCCGGGAGGCCGCGGCUCGCGGGCGGCUUCGGGCGAGCGUCCAGCCAGGCACUUUAGGGGGACGGGGGCGGCGAUACCCCGGCCGGCUCCCGCCUUCUGGCCUCCAUCAGCGCGGCCCCGAGGGCUGCGGAGUUACUCAUUUCCUGGAUGUCACAGAAACUUUUUCCUCCUUAUAAGAACAAAACACCCGCCUCUACUCCUGGCUGCGGAAGCUUCUUAAGGAGGACCAGGUGGGUUGCGGCGGGCCCAGAGCCAGGGUCGCCACAGAGGUCGGCCCAUUGACCCCCCUCCAGAAACUCCAGAAGGGUCAGCAUAACUGGAGGGUGACGGGGAGAGCCGGGCUCCGGCUACUGGACCCAACCGGUGCGUGUGGACAGGGAGUCGGGGAGGACGCCCUUAAAAAUCGGUCUGGGCCGGCGGGAUGGAAGGGGUUAAAGCACUGCCGGACGGCCGCGCGUUUUCCCGCGGCGCGUUUUACGAGCGGCGGAAUUCCAGGGGCCACCUCUUUUGUCCUCGGGAGGGAAAUAUAAAUCGAGACCCGACGCCGGCCCUUUUCUUUUUUGCGGCCUGAACGGAAUGAAGUAACUCACCAGAUGGAACGAGAAGCCAACGCUUCGUCGCCUUUCUCCCCGAGUAAGCCGGCACAAAGGAGCCUGGCGACCGCCCGCUGCCGUCUGUAGAGGGCGCUGUGGCGUCCGGCGCGUGUUUACGUCCCGGGACUUAGACGCUGUCGGUGAAGUUAGGCGCGAGGGCACUGGGGGAGGCCGAGAGGGACAGCGGCCGCACCCCCCUGGGGGGCCUUCGUGGCUUAUGAAGUCCAUAAAGUCCAUAACGUCGUCUUUCCCCCUUGUGGCCUCCUCCAGUGUCAGAGCCGGUAGAAGUGGCCGGCGACGGCUUGAAUCAAUCCUGCGUGAAGUGGCUUUGGGGCAGUCAGACACCCCUGGGAGGACCUUGGGGUGCUUGUCUGCAGCUAUGAGAAGGGAGUUGUCAAUUUUCGUUGAGAACCUACUGUGCAUCUGGGCAUGUGGUGGGAACAGGUUGCAUGGAGCUCCUCAGUCUUUUUAACUAAUGUGGUCAGCCAGUGGGUUUGCGGAAGUCCUCACUGGCUCUCAGCAGGCAUCAGGCUGCAGUCUAGGCCUGGCCUCUCUGGUAGGAGCACCAGCUGCAUGAGCCAGUCAGACCCAAAAGGAAUCCGACUAGGAGAAGCGCAGUUGCUGUUAAGCCAAGAAAAUGCAAGGCAGGUUGGGUGACAGUGAUACUGCCAUCCCCUUCUGGUAAAAAACGAUCGCCUGCAGGGGGGUUUGGGGGGAUGGGGGUGGGGGGGUUGGGGGUUCAGGGGGGUAGGGGGUGUUGCCCACUGCUCCUACCUCAUGGCCAAUCUUUCCAUCUUCCUGAUGAAUCUGCCUGAGCUUCGAGCUUUGUAGCUGGUGUCAAGAGGGGAGUUUGUAUGGAGACGCUUUGGGAACCGAUGUCAAAUGCUCAACAAAUGUUCUGUGAAGUUCGGUCUACGGCAGGCUGGAAAAGGAGCAGAUUAAAGGAAUAAAACAUAGCCCGCGCAGUUUUGGAGAGCACCGGCCAGCUGGGACUCCGUUCUGCCAUCCGAGGAAAAGAGUGAAAAGCUAGCGCUGGAAGAAACUGCCUAUGAAGAAAUCGAAAGGGAUUUUCAGGAUGUUCUCAGUGAACUUUCAGGGGACAAAAGUCUGGAUAAAUUUCGAAUUGAAUAUGAGAAGCUUCAUGCUGUUAUGAAAAAGUCUUAUGACAAUGAAAAGCGUCUGAUGGCCAAAUGCAGAGAGCUAAACGCAGAGAUUGUGGUUAAUUCCGCGAAGGUCGCCACUGCCCUGAAGCUCUCCCAGGAUGAUCAGACCACCAUUGCGUCCCUGAAAAAGGAAAUUGAAAAGGCCUGGAAGAUGGUGGACUCGGCCUAUGACAAAGAGCAGAAGGCAAAGGACACGAUCCUUGCCCUGAAAGAGGAAAUAGUGAACCUCACCAAACUAGUGGAGCAGGGGUCUGGACUGUCCAUGGACCAGGAUAGCAAUAUCCGAGAUUUACUGAAGUUCAAAGAAGAAGUGACCAAGGAGCGAGACCAGCUCUUGUCAGAAGUGGUGAAAUUACGAGAGUCCUUAGCUCAGACCACUGAACUGCAACAGGAAACAGAGCGAAGCAGAGAAGAGGCGGAGCAGACCAUCAGUCAGUUCCAGCAAGAAAUCCAGCAACGUCAGAAUGAAGCUUCACGGGAGUCUCGGAAGAAGGAAAAACUAGAGAAGGAGCUCAGGCAGGUCCAGAUGGACAUGGACACCAGGCAGACAGAAAUUAAGGCCCUCCAGCAGUACGUGCAGAAGAGCAAGGAGGAGCUUCAGAAGCUGGAGCAGCAGCUGAAGGAGCAGAAGAUAUUGAACGAAAGAGCCGCAAAGGAACUGGAGCAGUUUCAGAUGAGAAAUUCUAAACUUCAGCAAGAGAAUGAACAACACAGUUUGGUUUGUGAGCAGCUAUCCCAGGAAAACCAACAGAAGUCUUUGGAGCUCAAAGCCAAAGAGGAGGAAGUCCAUCAGAUGCGGGUUGACAUUGGGAAGCUCAACAAAAUCAGAGAACAAAUCCAUAAGAAACUGCACCAGAUUGAAGAUCAAAAGUUAGAAGUGGAACAGCACAGGGAAACUCUAAAAAAUCAGAUCUUGGGAUUAGAGAGAGAGGUGGAGGCUUCAAAGAAACAAGCAGAACUUGAUAAGAAAGCGAUGGAUGAGCUUCUGAGAGAAAGGGACAUAUUAAAUAAGAAUAUGCUUAAGGCGGUCAGUGCGACCCAGAAGCAAAUAGACCUGGUAAAGCUCCAUGAGCAAGCCAAGAGGAACCUGGAGGAAGAAAUCCAGAACUACAAAGAUGAGGCUCAGAAGCAGAGAAAGAUCAUCUUUCAGCUGGAAAAGGAGCGAGAUCGGUACAUCAAUGAAGCCAGUGAGCUUACCCAAAAGGUCCUCAUGAACAUGGAAGACAUAAAAAUCCGGGAAAUGCAGAUUUUUGACUACAGGAAAAAAAUCGCUGAAUCAGAGACUAAGUUAAAACAACAACAGAACCUGUAUGAAGCCGUGAGGUCAGACAGAAAUCUGUAUAGCAAAAAUCUGGUUGAGGCUCAGGAUGAAAUAACAGAAAUGAAGAGAAAAUUGAAGAUUAUGACCCAUCAGGUAGAUCAGCUGAAAGAAGAAAUCUCAGCCAAAGAGUCAGCCCUUGUGAAGCUGCACCUGGAACAGCAGCGGAUAGAAAAGGAGAAGGAAACUCUGAAGGCUGAGCUGCAGAAGCUAAGACAACAAGCUCUGGAGACCAAACACUUCAUUGAAAAGCAGGAAGCGGAAGAGAGAAAACUCCUGCGAAUCAUCGCUGAGGCUGAUGGGGAAAGGCUGAGACAGAAGAAGGAAUUAGACCAGGUCAUCAGCGAGAGAGAUAUCCUCGGGUCUCAGCUUGUCCGGCGUAAUGAUGAGUUGGCUUUGCUCUACGAGAAGAUCAAGAUCCAACAGUCUGUGCUAAAUAAAGGCGAGAGCCAGUACAACCAGAGGGUGGAGGACAUGAGAAUUCUCAAACUUGAGAUUAAGAAACUCCGCAGAGAAAAGGGGAUUCUUGCCAGGAGUGUGGCUAAUGUCGAUGAACUCAGGCAGGAACUUUUCCACAUGCAAAGAGAAUUCUUGAAGGAGAGGACACGAUGUCGAGCCCUGGAGGAGGAGCUGGAGAACCCCAUGAACGUGCACAGAUGGAGAAAGCUUGAGGCCAGUGACCCCAGUACCUUUGAGCUGAUACAGAAGAUCCACACCCUGCAGAAACGUCUCAUCAGCAAGACGGAAGAGGUGGUUGAGAAAGAGCUUCUCCUGCAGGAAAAGGAGAAACUGUAUGUGGAGCUGAAGCACAUCCUGGCUCGACAGCCUGGUCCCGAGGCCGCCGAGCAGCUACAGAUCUAUCGCCACACGCUGCGGGAAAAGACAAAACAGCUGAAAGUUUUGUCUUCAGAGCUGAAUAUGUAUGAAUCACAGAGCCAAGAAUAUAAAUACGAGAUCGAGAAACUUACCAAUGAACUGAUGAACUUGAAGAAGAAAUACCUAGCCCAGAAACGUAAAGAAUACAUUCAGAAAAAUAAGGACAGAGUACCCAUGGAUAACACCUUCUCAAUGGCCAAGCCAACUGGCCCUCGUUUUACUGGGGGUGGAUUUCCCCUCAACAGACCAUCCCAAGUGAAGUCCUAGCCCGAAGCUCUUGGCUGGGUGCAUUUGAACAGCUCAUGACAUUCGCUUUGGAACAUUUUGGAGGAAUCUCUUUCAAAUGUCUUGGAUCCCAAAUAUUUAGAGAAAUCAGUGCUCAAAUUCCAGGAUAAAAAGAAAUGCAAAACUAUCAUCGUCAUGUCCAUUUUAGAGUGAUGACAUUCUACUUGGUCCUCAUGGCUAUUAACAGACUGUAAUUAUAUCAUUCAAUUAAGCUAAUGCAUUGCAAAAAGCCAAUCUUUUGUGACUACCACACUGAUUGAUUUGAAAGGCACCACAUUGCCAAGCACUCGGUAGAGAUGAAAUUUUGGAUCUGAAUUUCUCUAUUAUAAACAUUGGUGUAUAUGCUUUACAUUUAAAAAUAUUUUCAAAAUGCAGUGCGUUUCUUAUUAAUAAGAAUCUAUUAAUUAUUCCUCAUUAACAAGUCAUGGCAUGAGGUGAGAAAAAAAAAGGACAAACUCUCAAAUAUUUAAAACGUGUUUUGAGAAUGAAUUCUAUGUGGAAUUUCUUUUCAGGCCUGGGGUAUGAAAAUCUAUUCCAAAGAGACAUACUAAUAAAUACUUCAUCAUAAAAAAUAAAAAAGAACCUUUGUAGA